CAUAAAGAAGCAGUGUACCGUCGAGUUUUGUUCACGAAGGUUGUGUCACUAUGUUGCGAGUGUGUUUAGGUGUUUUGGCACUAUGUGGUGUUGUACUGACCCACACGUAUCAUCUUGGAGCUUGUCCUGUUGUGGAACCGAUGCCAGGUUUCGAUAUGAACCAGAUGCUCGGAGUAUGGUAUGUAAUACAGAAGACGUCUACCGCCUCUCACUGCAUCACUUAUAACUUCACAAGAACAGAUGAACCUGGCACAUACCAGCUGGAACAGGUAUCACAGCACUUCAUAUUGGGGCUGACACCACUCAAACAUGACUACAGAUAUACAGGCAUUUUGACAGUAGAGGAUCCCUCGGUGCCUGCGCGCAUGAGAGUCCGGUUUCCACUUAGUGUUGCUGGUUCAGCUAGUUAUACUGUGUUAGCCACAGAUUAUACUAAAUAUGCGGCUAUCUUUACUUGCCAGAAGAUGUCAUUCGCACAUCGGCAAUCCGCCACCAUUCUCUCCAGGAGUAAGGAACUAGAUAAAAUGUUUGUUGAUAAGAUGCGCACCAAAUUAGCGUCAUUCAGUGUCGAUCCGUAUGAUCUAUCACUCAUCUCCCAGAAUGAAUGUCCCAAACACCCGAACGGUACCAGUGAAGGUGUAAACAUCAAUAUUGACCCUGAUACAUUCUCAUCACAUAACAUUGGAGAGGCUGUGAGGAAAACUGGAGGUGUCAUUGCUGACGGAGUAGAAUACGUCGUGGAUGCUGGCAAGAAAGUAUAUCACAAAGUAGCAAGCAGCAAGGAAGAUCUUACUGAAACGCCUCACCAGGGUCGUAACUUGAACGCUGAUGCUGAAUGGUUACCAUAAAGUACUAUUUAUUCUACAAUAAGUCUUAAUGUGAUAAACUUGUCUUAGGUAUCGUUAGAACAUUUAAUUUUCUAGCCUUGGUAACAUGAACUCGUCCAGAUCUAUCAGGAACUACUACUACAUCUCUAAAUUAGAACAUUUAUUUUAUCGAAGCAAAUGUAGAAUGUCUAAUAACUUUUGUUAGCAUGAAGUUCACUGGAUUUUGCUCAAUAAGUAUGUAAAAACUUUUACAGAGUGAAGCCUAUGUUGUUCAAAUAUGAGUCUUACUAAUAGAAAUAAGAGACUAAUAAUACGUGCAUUAAAGAUAGUCCUUGUUGUUGCCAUAGUUACGAUAUCAACAAAUAAUGGUAACCAUGGCAACACAUAAUAUAAGAGCAUUUUAAGAGGAUCUGAAAAAAGUACAUAUUCGGUGUUCCUUCUUUUACAAGUAAUACUCAGUAUUUUGUAUAAUUGUGUGUAUUUAAACCCAAUAAAUUGAUUUUAAUUCCAAAUUGA